AUUUUCUUUUAUAAAUAUAUUAAAAAUAUUUUUCUAUUUAUAAUUCGAAGAUUACAAUAUUUUUAAUUAGAAAUAAACAGAGUUUACUUUCUCAUUAGCAUGUAUAGUCAAAAAAUAUAUCUGGUAGGCAUUGGUUUGCAAUCGACUAGUCAUUCUUUAAUGGUCGCUGAAAACGCCAUUGGAGCAGUUAUUUUAGGGGGAUAUAGUUGUUGAGGGCUUUCAUAUUCAUUUAUGUGUAUACGUUAGCAGUUAAAGUUUAUCUGUUGUUGCAGUUUAUAUUUACUCUCUAUCUUGGAAAGAAUUCUGUUUUAACUGGAGAGGUUUUGAAGAAACUCAUCGAUUUCGAUUCACGCCCAGCAUUAGUAUUUUAACUAUUGUUAUAAACGUUAGGAGGUCGUAAUGGCAGAAGACUUCGUUGAGGCUAUGCUAGAAGCACCGUACAAGAAAGGGAAUGUUAACAUGUCUCUGCUUGAGCCAGUGUCUCUUGAUGCUCCUGCUCUCUAAUAAGGAGGAGUUGGUUGUCAGUUCGAAGCAUAAGGAGAACGGAGUAUCCAGCGGACAUAAGUCGUCGAGCAAGAGCAAACACCGGGAUCGUGACCGAAGCAAAUCGCGGGACAGAAGACAUGGAAGUAGGGAUAAAGAUAAGGAUAAGGAUCGCAAGCGACGUAGCAAGAGCAGAGAUAAGAGCCGGGAUAGGGACCGAGAUAAGAGGAGCAGGGAGAGGAGGAGCCGCAGCAGGGACAAGAAGAAGAGGAGCAAGAGCAGGGACCGCGAGAGGGACAGGCCGCGCAGGAAGAGGUCGCUCACUCCUCUUCUUUUACCCGGCAGGAAAGAACCCUACGUCAAGUACAAAAAGUCCCCUCCGGUUGGAGUGCCUCCAUUAGACGAUUUAUCUCCCGAGGAAAGAGAUGCACGCACAGUUUUUUGUAUGCAGUUGUCCCAAAGAGUCAGAGCUCGGGACCUUGAAGAGUUCUUUUCGUCUGUGGGAAAGGUGAGGGAUGUUCGAUUGAUUACCUGCAAUAAAACAAGAAGGUUCAAAGGCAUCGCUUACAUAGAAUUUAAGGAUCCUGACUCAGUGCCGCUGGCUUUAGGACUGACAGGUCAGAAACUUUUAGGUGUACCAAUAAUUGUUCAGCAAACACAGGCUGAAAAAAAUAGGACUGGUAAUUCAAUGCCAAAUUUAAUACCUCGAGGAAUUCCGGGACCGAUGAGGCUGUACAUCGGUUCGUUACACUUCAACAUUACCGAAGAUAUGCUACGAGGAAUUUUCGAACCAUUCGGAAAGAUAGAUAGUAUUCAGCUUAUGACAGAUCCCGAAACUGGAAGGUCCAAAGGUUUCGGUUUUAUAACUUUCCACCAUUCAGAAGACGCAAAACGUGCUCUCGAACAGCUGAACGGUUUUGAAUUAGCGGGCAGACCAAUGAAAGUAGGAACAGUUUCCGAACGAAUGGAUAUGGGCCACUCGUUCACGCCUCACAUAGACACUGACGAGCUGGACAGGUCAGGGAUAGAUCUCGGUGCUACCGGCAGAUUGCAGCUCAUGUUCAAAUUAGCUGAAGGUACCGGUAUGCAGAUUCCUGCUGCAGCCGCUUCAGCCUUGAACGUUGCUGUUCCCGGGAGCAUGACCUCUAUGGCCUCCAAUAUCGCACCUCCUAUAGCGACGCAGUGCUUCAUGCUCUCCAACAUGUUUGAUCCUACGACUGAAACCAACCCUAACUGGGACAAUGAAAUACGUGAUGACGUAAUAGAGGAAUGUAACAAACAUGGCGGUGUCUUACAUGUGUACGUGGACAAAGCGUCAGCUGGUAAUGUUUACGUUAAAUGCCCUACGAUUACAACUGCCGUAGCUGCUGUCAAUUCGCUCCAUGGACGAUGGUUCGCAGGCCGAGUCAUCACCGCAGCCUAUGUACCACUGAUAAAUUACCACAGCCUUUUCCCAGACACGAUGACAAUAACAACAUUAUUAUCAACGUCAAGGCGGCCUGUUUGAAAUUACCUAUUUUAUUGUUUUGUAAAUACGAUGUAUAAAAUUUUGCAUAUAUAUAUAUAUAAAUAUUAUAUAUUGAUUAGUACAUAUUGUGAGAAAUAUGUAUGAAAAGAACCAGAGUAAUAAUAAUAAGAGAUCUUUUUAAAUCAAAUGAAAUUGGAGUUUGUAUUUUACAAAAAAAUAAGAUAAGAAAACGGCCCAAAAAAAUGAAAAAUAAAGAAGAAAAAUCAUGUAUACUGUGUUAGGAAUUUUUAAUUUCUUAUUCGCGCACUGAUAUGCAGUAGUAGUGUGUUAAAGCCAAUUUGAAUUUGAAGAUGUUUUGUAAAUUUUUUAAUCAGCAUUGUAUAUUUUUAAUUGUUCUUUUUUUUUUUUUCCUCUGUAGUAGCUAUUGCGUUUAGUUAAUUAUUAAAGUGAAUUACUAUUUUAUAGUGAAUUUAUGGACUUGAAUUUUGAUUAUACCUACAAAGACCUAUUAUUAUUAGAUUCAUGUGUAAAGUAUCAUUUUUAUGUGAUUUUAAAUUAUAAAUAUACAAAAGUUAUUUUUUUAUUUGUA